AUGAUUUUGCUGUUGUGGUGUAGAGCAGGAGUAGCGAACGUGAAGUAUGUGAUUGUACAGGGGGUGGUGGCUCCUUUGGCUUCUGCAGUCAUGUGUAAGGACAGCAAGCUGGAGCUGGCUAUGGAGUCGUUGGAGUCGAGUUCCGAGCAGAUAAGUGACGGGCAGAAGCCUUUGCUUGAAUGGUUGCUGGGUUGGUGGUUGAUGCAGGCACGAAAGCUGGCCUCGGUCGGAGUGUGUGUGACUCCGCCUGUGGACGUGGAGGCGGGCAGCACGACGAGGUAUUCAUCGGACGCGUCGGAGGACUUUGCGGCGUUCAACUGCUCCACUGACGUCGGAACCCCGGACCUCCUCGACCUCCACGAGCGGCUCCCCUUCGUGGAAGUGUGGACAACGGACUGUCGACGCGUGGGGUACAUCACCGAUCCCACUCUGGCCAUCAGGGUCCAGAAGUUUGUGAUUCAAGCCUUUCCCGACCUUUACGUGUCUCCCGUCGACUAUGUCAUACUCACCAUGGACGACGUCUCUAACGACGUCUCUAACGACGUCUCUAACGACGUCUCUAACGACGUCUCUGACGACGUCACCCACCACGUAACCCCGUCCACGGAGUCAGAGGCUGGGAUGCCGUCGGGGACGGUUUCGGCCGACUCGCCGAAUCCCAUGCGGCAGCCCUCCAAGCUGCUGACCGCUUCUUCCGCUGGCGGCCUGGCCCUGUCCGUGCUUUACGACACCAAGUCCCUGAUCAGCACCGUCUCGGAAGACCGAGGCGGGGGCUUUGUGCCACUGGGAGGUCAUAACAACUGCUGGGUCUACUCGCCCCGUCUUCCAGGUUCUCAGGUCCUCAUUAAACGCUGCUUUAUCAACGAAGCCGUUUUCUACGCUGCUAUGACCAGUCUCACAGGUCUCAAACUCGCAGACCAGAAGGUGGCAGUGCAGCUCGCUGACUUGGAGCUCGCUGACCUGGAGCUCGCUAACCAUCCACACAAUAAGGUACCACAGGUGGACGGGAAAGUAGACGACAACAAAGUGGACUGCAGGCAGCCCGACGGUGACCUGACAAACAGUCAUGCAGGCCAGUCGGGUUCCAGCUCCUUGGUCCCUGGUCCUGUACCCUAUGGUCCUGUACACUCUGGUCUUCUUCCUUCCGGUCUUUUUCCUUCAGGUCCACUGUCUUCUGCAGAUGUCAUGAAAUGGUUCAUGUUGGGCUAUAAUCGGACGGCGAAACAAUGGCAUGGCGUGUGUUGCGGUACGGACAUGGAAAUGUGGCUCCGUCGGUUCGGUUUGGCAACUGCUCAACGAUGGGCCAAAGAGCUUACGCAGCUGCUUCCCUUUAUAUAUAGCGUCAGUACCGACGCACAACAGGGUUAUGUCGAAAUGCAGAACGUCACGUGGAUUGACCCCACCAGUCACAGUCCUCGUGACCCGUAUUGCGACAUGGAUCUGAAGAUCGGGACACGACUGCACGGGCUGGACGCCGACGGACCCAAACGGCUUCGCAUGACACAAAAAGCACUUACCACAACCUCGGGGACAACUGGGCUCUGUAUCAUUGCCUACAAAUGUUACGAUGGGAAGACUAUGCGCACACUGACAAGACCAGAGAGCAGGGCUCUUACCUUACCCCACCAGCUUCGACAGC